AUGCGUAGGGUGUUCGAUCAGGACGUUGAAUGGGGAUACUGCUUUGACGUUCAUCUGAAUGCGUUGUUUCCGGUUCUGAUGUUGCUUCAUGUGUUCUUGCCAUGCUUUUAUCCAAAUCAAAGUUGCCUUAAAUUUUUUUUCCUAGUAAUCAGAAGUAUCGGAUUCUUCUCCUGUUUUGUUUGCAAUACAACAUGGUUAGUCGCCGUUUCGUACUACAUUUAUAUAACGUUUCUAGGCUACUUAGUUCUUCCGUUUCUGAAAAACGCACAUAUAUUCUUGUACCCGUUUACGUUCCUGUUUAUAUUUUAUGUUGGUACUUUGUCGCUCAGUUGGAACGUGAUGGAUGCUUUUCUGACUUUUUACAAGUACAGAUUCAGUUAUUAA